AUGACUAAGCAAGACGAUCCUUCAUUCACUGGUCCAUUAACACUUAAAUUUACUGGUAUUGAUGAUGAAACAACAUCAGACGAAGAAGAAGCCAAAGAAAAAAAUACUAAUCAAAAUCAUCCACUAGAUUCUACUUUGUGUACAUCUAACGGAGAUACUCACAACCUCACUGUUAAUAAUUGUUAUGAAAAUAAUAAUGUAAGUCAUCGUCGUAAUCAAUUAACAUCAAUUCCAUAUAAAAAUUAUUUUGAACAUCGUGAACGUUGUUGGACAUUUAUACCGAAUACAGAUGUAAUUGUUGUUAAUGUUGCUGUUAGUCGUGAACAUCAUUUUCGUCUCAAUCCAUUUUUCUGUCGAAGACAGCCGAGUACAAAUGAGCAAAAUUGGCUUGAACGUUUAAAUGUCAGAUAUACAAUAACAUUACGACAUGGUGAAUUUAAUUGGACAAUAACAAAAAAAUAUAAAGAUCUAGUUAUAUUUUUUGAACGUAUGAAUGUUUUUCAAAAAACUGCCGCUUUACCAAUUCCGACUACAUCACAUCGUGAAAUUCGUCGUCAGAUGUCACAUUCACAUGCUGUACAAGGACUCACACUUAAACCUGAUAUGCUUGUUGAUGACAGUGAUAUUAAUGAUCGAGAAAAACUUGUAGCUGAAAAAUUAAAUUCCAUUGUAAAUCAUCCAGUUCUUUCACUUCAUAGUGAAUGUAUAAAAUUUCUUGACUCAUCUCCAUUAUCAUUUAUGCGUGAAUUAGGUCGUAAAUAUAAAGAAGGUAUUGUAAAAAAACAUUCAGGUGGUUAUAGACAAGGUUGUUGUGCUAAUAUUGGUGCACGUAUUAAAUGGCUUAAACGUUGGUUUGUAACAAAAGAUUCUUGGAUUGCUUAUUUAAAUCCUAAAACAGGACAUGUACGUGCUGUUAUGCUUGUUGAUAAAUUUUUUCAUGUACGUACUGGUCGUGUUCAUACGGGUUCAGUUAAUAAAAUAUAUAUUUGUAAUUUAUCACGUCGACUUUACGUAAGUUGUCCAACUGAACGUAAAGCAAUUGAAUAUUUUGAUGAUAUUAAUCGAAUGUUAAAAACAACAGGUCGAGAUUUUCAUAUUGAAACAAGAUUUAAUUCAUUUGCACCUAUAAGAGUCAAUACAAAAUGUCAAUGGCUGGUUGAUGGUUCUGAUUAUAUGGAAGCUGUUGCUUAUGCAAUUAAAUCAGCUACAGAAGAAAUUUAUAUAACUGAUUGGUUUCUUAGUCCAGAAAUUUAUCUUAAACGUCCAGCUUUAUCUGAUGAAUGGCGUUUUGAUAAAAUGUUAGAAAAAAAAGCGAAUGAAGGUGUACGGAUAUUUGUUCUAUUAUAUAAAGAAGUUGAAUUAGCUAUCGGAAUAAAUAGUUCGUAUUCAAAAAGAAAAUUACUUCAAGCACAUCCAGAAAAUGUUAAAGUGCUUCGUUAUCCGGAUCAUACAGGACAAAAUGCUGUUUUAUUUUGGGGACAUCAUGAAAAAUUAGUUAUUAUUGAUCAAAGUAUUGCAUUAUUUGGAGGAUUUGAUUUAUGUUAUGGUCGAUGGGAUAAUUAUCAACAUUUAUUAACUGAUUUCGGAAGUGCAUUACCUAUGAAACAUCAUCCAAGUCAAAGUGUACCAAGAACACAUAGUGUUCCAUUAAUCAAUGAAAUGACUCAAUCACCAGUAUCGAUUGAUGCACUUGAUCUUGAUAGUGCAACAUGUAAUCGUUUUAUAAAUGCAAAUGAUCAUAUUGAACAAAAAACUGAACUGACCCCAUCUCCAUCAUCACGUCCAAUAACUACUACUGAUGCAUUUUUUCCAUCAAAAAUUGCUCAAUUUCGUAGUGAAUAUCAACUUAAAGAUCAUCUUAAAGAACCAUAUUCAUCUGAUUCGAUUUCACAUAACAUUCAUGAUAAUUUUGUUUCAUUAGCACCAAAUCGUUCACAAUCAAAAAUGCUUAAUGAUCAAACAUCUGAUACAAUUGAUCGAAUAAUAAAUCCAACACGACGUUAUUCAUCAUCCGAUAUUGAUCAACAAUCCGUUCAUCUUAUGGAUAUGCAACAUAGACAAUUAAUUGAACAACAAAAAAAACGUCGAAUAUAUCAUUUUAAUCAUACACUUUUUUCAAAUAUAUAUAAACGUACACAUCGUUUAUCAUCAGCUGAUUCUCAUACAUAUUUAAAUACAAUGCAAAAUCGUGAACGUCAUACACGUCGUCGACAUCAGAGUGUUAGAGAUUCAGAUAUGGCUGAUGAACAUACAACAUCAGAUAGUGUUUAUAGUCGAGCUUUAGAAAAAAAUACUCUUAAUCAUGAACAAGAAGAUAAUGAAGAAGAACAACAACAUCGAAUAUAUCGAACAGUACUUUCUGUACCUGAUGGAGGACCUCGACGUACACGCGCUAGUACAUCAUCACGUCAAAGACUUUCAUCAUGUGGUAAUGCAUCUGAUUUACAAAUUGAAAAUAAACACCCACAACAAAUAAAAAUGUCAAAAUUAAAUGCUGAAUCAAAUAAUCGCGGAAAAAAAAUUUCAUUUCUUUUAACUCGCCGAAGAGCAAGUUAUUAUCCAGAUAAUACAUUAAAUGUUUUAUCGGAUGAUCAAAAAAAGAAACGAGAUGUUAUAUGGCCAUUGAAACGAUCGUAUUCAUUUGAUACACCUUUUCAUCGUGAAACAAUUGAAGCUUUGAAUAAAGACAGUGGAUCUCGAUGGGAAAGACUUAAACUUGGUAUUCAAUCAAAAAUAAAUCGUUUUACAAAAUCAACUGAAGAUGUUUCAACAAUAGCUCUUUCACAAAUACCUAGAAGAAAUUCAACAGAAGCACAACCAAUAUCAUCAUCGAAUCGUCAUCUUGGUACUAAUGUUGGUCCAACAUUUGAUCGUGUACGUUUACGUGAUAAACUUCGUCGUGUAAAAUUAAAUUUAAAAACAACUUGGAAACAACGUUCUGAUUUAAAUGAAUCUGAUCAAUCUGAUAUUGAUCAUAAUGAUUAUUAUCGUGAUUCAUUACAUGAUGAUAUGAGUUCAUUUACUGGUCCAUCAAUGAAAUCUACAACAAAUCAACUUGGUUUACAAGGUUCAUCAAAAAUGUGGUUUGGAAAAGAUUAUGCAAAUUUUUUACUUCGAGAUUUUCGUAAUCUUGAUCAACCAUUUCAAGAUCAAAUUGAUCGAAAUAUAACACCACGUAUGCCAUGGCAUGAUAUUGGAGCUUUUGUAUAUGGUGCUUGUGCUCGAGAUUUAGCAAGACAUUUUAUUGAACGAUGGAAUUUUGUUAAAAGACAAAAAAUUAAAGAUGAUGAACGUUAUCCAUUUUUAUUACCAAAAACUUAUGGAAUCUAUACCCCAUGUCCUAAACUUCUUUCAAAUACAUUUAAUUGUUCAACGCAAGCGUUACGAAGUGUUGGUCGAUGGUCAACAGGUAGAAAUGAUACAGAAGAAUCUAUACAUAAAGCUCUUAUUGAUAUGAUAACCAAAGCUAAAUAUUAUAUUUAUAUUGAAAAUCAAUUUUUUGUUUCAUUAAUUGAUGAUUCAACUGUACAUAAUGGUAUAGCUGAAGCUUUAUUUAAACGAAUAUUACGUGCACAUCAAGAAAAAGAAACAUUUCGUGUUUAUAUUGUAAUGCCAUUAAUACCCGGUUUUGAAGGACAAUAUGGUACAUCGAAAGCUACAGCAUUACAAGCUAUAACACAUUGGAAUUAUCGAUCAAUAUCUCAAGGUCAACAAUCAUUAUUAGUUCGUUUAGCAAAAGAAGUUGGUGAUCCACAUCGUUAUGUAUGUUUUUUUGGUUUACGAACAUGGUCAGAAAUGAAUGGACGUCUUGUAUCAGAAAUUGUUUAUGCACAUAGUAAAUCAGCUAUAGUUGAUGAUAAUCGCGUAUUAAUUGGAUCAGCAAAUAUAAAUGAUAGAAGUUUACUUGGUGAUAGAGAUUCUGAAAUAUCAGUUUUAUUUGAAGAUACAGAAUUCGUACGUGGAAUGAUGAAUGGACAAAAUGUUCAAGUUGGAAAAUUUGCAAGUGGUUUACGUAAAAGAUUGUUUCGUGAACAUUUAGGAGAUUUUGAUGGAACACAAAUAAAUUAUCAAGAUCCUAUAUCAGAUUCAUUUUAUAAAGAUACUUGGUUAUCAACAGCAGCAAGAAAUACAACAAUGUUUGAAAAGAUUUUCAAUUGUAUUCCCACUGAUUCUGCAUUUACAUUUUCUCAAUUACGUGAAAUUCAAUCAUCUUCAAAACUUUGUGAAACUAAUCCUGAAGAAGCACGACGUUUACUUCAAUCAAUACGUGGUUAUUUGGUAUUAAUACCACAUAAAUUUCUUUCAAAAGAAUAUCUUGGACCACGAUUACCAGCUAAAGAAAUUUUAGCACCAACAUGGUUUUGGACAUAA